UGUAGCGCUUGUACAUAUCUUUCUUCCCAAUUGUACUUUCCUAUUCUCACUUCCAUUAUUAUUGUACAGUUUUGUUUUAACUGACCAACGACCGAACAACACUUUUUUCGGGUUUCGAUUCGUCUUCUGGUUUCCGCUACGCGUGUUGUGCUGUUGGUCGUCGUCUGUCUGCUAGCCUCGUCCAUCGAUCAUCGGAUCUAACGCGUCGAUUUAUUGUGCCGACUAAGUUCCGUCUUCCGACCAGAUUGUGCGACUAACUGACAGCCUAGCGAAGAUCGUGCUUUACCUAAGGUCAGCUACAGCAUUCUUAUUUGUAAACUGAGUUCUUAUAUGUAGUUAAGCCCUUUCCGUUUGGCUUUUCCACUACAUAUUUGGUGACCCCGUUUUCAUUUUUUGAAAGCUCAGAACUCCUUUUUUUUGUGACUUGACUAUGUCGGACCACGAUCACAGCACUGACAUUUCAGAAAAUUUUGUUGGUUUUUCCUUCCCUGCCUUCGAUUCUUCUAAUCCUCACGUGUGGUUUUUACAGUUGGAAGCUCUUUUUCGCAUACGCCGUAUUAGUUCUCAGUCCUUAAUGUUCGCACAUGUCACUUCCCAGCUUCCUACCCACAUCGCAACUGACCUUAUAGACUUGCUCGAUCCGAUUCCGGCUGACGCACCUUACGAUAAACUCAAAGCCGCCAUAUUAAAGCGCACUACGGCCUCCGAGGAAGCUAGACUUCGACAAUUACUUUCCGGUCUUGAACUAGGCGAUCGCACGCCGUCACAACUUCUCAGGCACAUGCGUACGUUGGUCGGUUCCUCUAAGGUCGAUGACACGAUUCUGCGACAGCUCUGGACGAAAUGUCUUUCAUCGAACACCUCAGCUCUUCUCGCCGUCUUCGCAGAUGAUUUGUCUUUGGACAAACUGGCUGAAACAGCAGACAAAGUUCAUGAGCACUUUCAUCAACCCUCAGCAUGUCACGCAGUUGAGUCGACCAUUAACGCGGAUCUUAGGACUGACCCGAUUAAAACCAUUUCUGAGAGGUUAUCGAAGCUGGAGCUCGCCAUCUCGAGCAUUAAUCGCUACCGUGGUAGAAGCCCUAGACGCUCCUCUCGAAAUAGACGUAGCCCCGCCAGGAGUUCCAAACGUCAUUUCUGUUGGUACCACCACCGUUUUGGCGAUGAUGCAAGGAAUUGCCGACCUGGUUGUAAGCAUCCGAAGGCAUUCCACAAACCGCAGCAGGGAAACCUCCACGCCAGCCAGUGAUGGCGACGGCUGCGUCUGGCCAAGCUUACAGUCGCCUACUUUACGUCUACGAUUCCUCAACCAAUUUGAACUUCUUGGUUGACACCGGUGCCGAGGUCAGCGUUAUUCCUCGUUCUGCAGAAAAACGCAACCUACUUCCAACCGGACUGACAUUGCAGGCGGCGAACAAUACCAAGAUCCAUACAUACGGCCAGAAAAUGUUGACUCUUAACCUUGGUCUUCGUCGAAGUUUUCCCUUUGUUUUCCUCAUCGCCGACGUCCAACGCCCUAUCCUUGGUGUUGAUUUCCUUACCAAGUUUGGCCUGAUCGUGGACCCGCGUAACCGUAAACUGUGCGAUAGUUUGACAUCCUUGUCCGUUUCGGGUAAAGUCACUUCGAUCAGUUCGAUCGGUCUUCGCUUGGCAUUGCCCGCCGACAAUGUGUUUACCAAACUAUUACUGCAAUUUCCUGCUCUUUGUCAAUCGCCUAAUGACUUUCCUGAGCCUAAGCACGAAGUUACGCACCACAUCAUAACACAUGGACCUCCAGUAACCGCCCGACCUCGACGAUUACCUCCAGACAAGCUCGCUACUGCCAAGGCAGAGUUCGAACAUAUGCUUCGUCUCGGUAUCGUUCGUCCUUCCAAUAGCCCAUGGUCCUCCCCGCUUCAUAUGGUUCCCAAAAAGUCCAGUGGCGACUGGAGACCUUGCGGAGAUUACCGUGCACUAAACAAUGCCACCGUCCCCGAUAGAUAUCCGGUUCCGCACAUCCAUGAUUUUUCAACUGGUUUACAUGGAAGAACAGUUUUCUCUAAGAUUGACUUGGUGCGUGCAUACCACCAAAUUCCGGUUGCUCCCGACGAUAUUCCGAAGACCGCUAUAACCACACCAUUUGGUCUUUAUGAAUUCGUUCGCAUGCCAUUUGGUCUACGAAAUGCCGCACAGACUUUCCAAAGGUUUAUCGAUCAAGUCCUUAGAGGGCUCGACUUCGUCUACGCCUACAUUGACGAUAUCCUUGUGGCCAGUUCCAAUCAUGAUGAGCACCUGUUACAUCUCCGAUCGAUUUUCGAACGCUUUGCUCAGUACGGCGUUACGAUCAAUGUUGACAAAUGUGUUUUUGGCCAAAGUUCUGUUGAUUUUUUGGGCCACCGAAUUGAUUGCAAUGGUAUUAGUCCACUCCCCGAGAAAGCACAAGCGAUUGCAGACUACCCCAUGCCUCAAUCUUUCAAAAGUCUCCGUCGUUUUCUCGGCAUGGUAAAUUACUACAGCCGUUUCAUACCAGAUUGCUCUGGGCUACUCCAGCCAUUGACCGAUUUACUUAAAGGCAAGUCACGGAAAUUCGAGCCAACUGAGGAAGCUAUCGAUGCAUUCGACAAGAUCAAGCACGCGUUGUCCAACGCUACCGCGCUUAGUCAUUUGAAGACUGAUGUUGAUGCCACUCUGAUCCUCAAGACUGAUGCAUCUCAGACCGCCGUUGGGGCUGUUCUCCAGCAGGUAAUCAACGGUCAACCUGAGCCGCUAUCCUUCUUCUCUCGUAAACUCCAGCCAGCACAGACGCGAUACAGCACAUUCGGUCGAGAACUUUUAGCUAUCUACCUCGCUAUCAAACAUUUUCGACACCUGCUUGAAGGUCGCACUUUUACCAUUCUUACAGACCAUAAACCACUUGCUUUUGCUUUCCGUGGUUCAUCCGACCGUUUCUCCCCCAGAGAAAUUCGUCAUUUGGAUUACAUUUCACAGUUUUCUACCGACAUUCGCCAUGUCGAUGCUGCCAAUAACGUUGUCGCCGAUGCCAUGUCACGUAUAUGUCUUCACGAAGUUUCACGGCAGAACAUUAACUUAGAAGACAUAGCAGCUCAUCAGGAAGGAGAUCCUGAGUUUGUGCAACUAAGAUCAAAUCCGUCGAUCAAAAUCUCACAGUUGCCAAUUCUUAACUCAGACUCCAAAAUUUACUGUGAUAUUUCUACUGGCAAGCCCCGGCCUUUUGUCCCUCAGCAGUACCGCCGAAUCGUCUUUGACCACCUGCAUGGAAUCUCACACCCGAGCAUCCGAGCCACCGUCAAGCUAAUCACUGAUCGCUUCAUUUGGCACAACAUGCGCUCCGAGAUCCAGCAGUGGGCCAAACAUUGUAUCACUUGCCAAACCAGCAAGAUCCACCGUCACACGAUUACCGUCCCCGGCACGUUUGCCCUUCCCGACGCUCGUUUCAAACAUGUUCAUCUUGACAUCGUUGGACCCUUGCCUCCAUCCAACGGUUUUGUCUACUUAUUGACAUGUGUUUAUCGUUAUACGCGUUGGCCACUUGCCGUGCCUUUACGUGAUGCUUCUACAGAGACGGUGGCGCGAACAUUCAUUGAGAAUUGGAUUUCCGUCUUUGGCACACCAGCCACUAUUACAACCGAUAGAGGCUCCCAAUUCAAUUCGGCCUUGUUUCGUGACAUGAACCGCUUGCUCGGUUGUUCCCACCUACGGACAACCGCUUAUCACCCAGCUGCUAAUGGCAUCGUUGAACGUUUCCAUCGUCAACUUAAAGCUGCGCUUACUGCUUCACAGUCGAAUUCACAAUGGUCAGAACGUCUACCGAUUAUCUUGCUUGGUAUUCGUAACACCAUUAAAGAAGACAUUGGUUGUUGUCCCGCUGAGUUGGUCUUUGGCACUACUCUCAGGCUUCCUGGAGAAAUGGUGCUAGACUCAAGGGUUACUGGAGAAGUUGAUCCGACUUCAUACGUCACACGCCUGAGGCAGCACUUCAGUACAAUUCGUCCAACGCCACCUCGAAUCAGUCCUCGGAGUCAACAGGUACACCCGGAUUUGCGCACUUGCCCCUUCGUUCUCGUGCGCGUCGAUUCCGUCCGUAAACCUCUGACACCGCCUUACGAGGGCCCCUUCAAGGUUGUUGCCCGGAAAGAGAAGUACUUCGUGCUGGAUAGAAAUGGUUAUCAGGAUACUGUGUCUAUUGACCGCCUGAAGCCGGCGUACAUUGAGUCGCGAUCUUUACCGAAACCCACAGACAUUCCUGUCACCGACCAGCCCACCUUCCCAAGUACGCCUCCUACUCAGCCCAUGUCUGACACCUCUGUUCCCUCUUCUGCACCCCAAGCAUCUCACGACAUAAACUCGAAAUCGCAUCAUCGAACACGCUUCGGACGUACAGUUGUUCUCCCUUCCAGACUACGGUAAAUGACACCCAAGUAUCGAGCUUUCGUCUCAGUGACUCACGCUCUAGGGGGGGAGUUCUGUAGCGCUUGUACAUAUCUUUCUUCCCAAUUGUACUUUCCUAUUCUCACUUCCAUUAUUAUUGUACAGUUUUGUUUUAACUGACCAACGACCGAACAACACUUUUUUCGGGUUUCGAUUCGCCUUCUGGUUUCCGCUACGCGUGUUGUGCUGUUGGUCGUCGUCUGUCUGCUGGCCUCGUCCAUCGAUCAUCGGAUCUAACGCGUCGAUUUAUUGUGCCGACUAAGUUCCGUCUUCCGACCAGAUUGUGCGACUAACUGACAGCCUAGCGAAGAUCGUGCUUUACCUAAGGUCAGCUACAGCAUUCUUAUUUAUAAACUGAGUUCUUAUAUGUAGUUAAGCCCUUUCCGUUUGGCUUUUCCACUACAUAGCUACUUCUGUCAC